AUGAACACCGUGAAUGUGCCUCCGUUUGGUGACCUUCAUCAGUUACCACUCUGGGGUGUCACAACCCUCCGUUUAUCAAGUGGAAUGGGAACGACGGAGAGAUGGGUGUACGAUGAGUGGGUGAGAAUACAGCAGAUUUUGCUUCAACACGCUUAUAAUCGUCACACCAUUAACAAGGUUGUAGAAGACAUGGCAACUAAUGGUUAUACAUGUGAAGACGCCAUUGAUGGAUUGAAGAAGCUUUUGGGUGAGAAAGGUGAGCUUCAAGCCGUUGCCGCCGCUAAGAUCAAACAGUUGACGGCGGAGUUGGAGGCAGCAGGUGGCGACGAAUUUAAUCCGGUGGAGAGGAUCAAGGACGGAUUCGCUCGGUUUAAGAAAGAGAAAUACGAAACAAAUCCCGCUUUGUAUGGUGAGCUUGCCAAAGGGCAGAGCCCAAAGUUCUUGGUAUUUGCAUGCUCGGAUUCUAGAGUUUGCCCAUCACACAUCCUAGACUUCCAACCAGGCGAAGCAUUUGUUGUCAGAAACAUUGCUAACAUGGUUCCCCCUUAUGACACGGUUAAACACUCCGGUGUAGGAGCGGCCGUCGAAUAUGCAGUGGUGCAUCUAAAGGUUGAGAAUAUUGUAGUCAUUGGACACAGCUGUUGUGGUGGGAUCAAAGGGCUCAUGUCCAUUCCUGAGGAUGGAACCACUGCCACUGAUUUCAUAGAGCAAUGGGUGAAAAUCGGUUUACCAGCAAAGAGCAAGGUGAAAACAGAUUGCACUGAUUUGGAUUUUCUUGAUCAAUGUACCAACUGUGAGAAGGAGGCUGUGAAUGUAUCUUUGGCGAACCUUUUAACAUAUCCUUUUGUGAAAGAAGCUGUGGUGAAAAAGCAGCUUUCAUUAAGAGGAGGACACUAUGAUUUUGUGAGAGGAGGUUUUAGUCUUUGGAAUCUUGAUUUUGGCAUUACAUCCGCUCUAUUUUAAUGACUUUUAACUACUACUACUACAUGUUUUCAAUAACUAGACUCAAAAGAGUCUUUCUUGCCUUGUCUUGUAUUGAUAUUUGUAAAUUUUGUUGUGCUUCUGUUUUCUGUUUGUUUGUAUUUGUGUUUUUAACUUUUCUUUUUUGAAUAACGUUGUUUUAUAUGUAAUGUUCUGUUCUUAUCGGAACAUUUUAUUGUCAUACAUGUAUUUAUCAUGAUUAAUACAAAUAUUUGUACGCCUUUCCUUUAGUACAUGCUGCUAUCUCUUUCUUCUUCUUCAUA